AUGUCCACUCAACUUACCUUCACUGGAUGUUGCGAGUAUCCUGGAUUAGCCUAUCCCAAGGAAACCGAUCUCUAUUGUGUUGCCUCGAUCCAAGCUCCUGAAUAUGAAGCCGAUGAACGAAAAGAACGAGCAGGAAUUGAUCUCGUUUGCGUGAUUGAUAAAUCAGGUUCCAUGUCCGGUAGCAAGAUUGAAUUGGUCAAAUCAACUCUCGCCUUCAUGUUUGAUCAAUUGAAACCAACUGAUCGUGUAGCUUUAGUUGAAUUUGAUAGUUCCGUCAUCACCACUCUAGCCUUCACCAACAUGAAUGAAGAUGGUAAACAAAAAGCUAAACAAGUUGCCAAUAACAUCCACGCAGGAACAUGUACUAAUUUGAGUGGUGGUCUUUUUGAAGGAUUGAGAUUGAUCAAACAAAGAACAGCUUGUAAUGAAGUCACUUCAAUUUUACUAUUUACGGACGGAUUGGCCAAUGAAGGAAUCACCAAUACGACAGAAAUUGUGUCGAAAAUGAAUACGACCAUUCAUGAAGAAAUUAGAAAGCAAAUUACAUGUUUUACCUUUGGGUUUGGAUCUGAUACAGAUGCAAACAUGUUGACCUCCAUUGCUCAAGCAGGAAAUGGACUCUAUUACUUUUUGAAUAAUGUCGAUGACAUUCCAAAGGCAUUUGGUAACGUGAUUGGUGGUCUCGUGAGUGUCGUGGCACAAAACAUCAAAGUUAAGAUUAUGCCAAACUCUAACGUGAAAUUGAAAAAGGUCUUUACUACAUUUAGAAAGACAGAUUUAACAGGAGGUACAGGUUGUGAAAUUGCUGUGGGUGACAUUUAUUCUGAAGAGAAGAAGGAUUUGGUCUUUGUACUCACAGUUCCAGCAUUGAACGGUCCUGUCGCUAUGCAAGAAUUGGCUAAAUUGCAAUUACAAUACUUCAACGUCAUCAAUACAGAUAAUGAAGGAUUUGAAUUUGAAAUUAUUGUCAACAGACAAAGCAGUCAAGACCCAGAUAAGAAGACUGCAAACUAUCAAUUAGAUAUUCAACGAAACAGAGUUGAAUCUGGUGAAGCUAUGGAGCAAGCAAAGACUCUCUCUGAUCAAGGAAAGCUCGAAGAAGGAAGAAAGUUACUUACUGAAGCAAUUGCAAAGAUUGAAGAAUCAGUGAGUGGAAAAGAUGAAUUCUGUGUGGGUCUAGUUAAGGAUUUGACAGAUUGUAAGAAUAAUAUGGUGGACAGAACCACAUAUUCCAAUGUUGGAUCGAAAAUGCUCAACAAUUAUUGGUCCGCUCAAAUGUGUCAAAGAGCCACAUCCUGUGAAUCAAGUAACACACAAGCUGUCUACAUGAACAAGAAAAAGGCUGCCAUGACUUCUGCUUUCAGUUCAGCAUUGAAAAAGAAAUAA